ACAGGCUGCGGGUUUGAGGGCCUCGCUGUCCCGUGCUUUGCACAAAAAUAUAAUCAAAGGCCAAGGCUUCAAUCAAUUGAAGGCUUUUACUUGCAGCCAGGAUAAUUAGCACAGCAUAGAAACAAGUCCUGGAUGUGAACGAGCCCAGACCUCACCGAAAAGAUCUUUGUUCCACCACUGGGUUCGAAGGCUUGUUGCAUCCUCACUGUGUUUUACCCACCUCCAAUGCUGUGGAUGCGCUGGCAUCUCUCCGCUGUGCUGAAGUGUGGCCGCAGGAUGAGCCAAUCCCAAAAUCCUGCAACCUUCAUCCCUAUCAAAUCACUCAUUUAGGGGCUGUUUUUCAUAAUUUGGGGGAUUUUUUUAUUAAAGCCUCUUGUGCAUCUUUUGCGUCUGUGGUCCGGAUCCCUUGUGGGACACUUGCAGCAGGCUCAGCCUCUCUGGGCCAGCUCUGAAAUUAAUUAGAGCCCUUUUCUGCAGCAAGCUUUUUAUUUCCUUUUUAAUUAACAUCAAUGAGCUCUUUGCCAGAGCCCGUCUAGGAGCAGAUCCAUCUGGAGAUCCACCCUUCAGCAGCUGGAGAAGCAUUAGCUCCAUGUGCUGCAAGGUCCUGCCUGUAUUUAUUCUGCCUGAAUUGGCUGGCUGCCUGCCCUGCAUCCUUGCCCACUGCUGGGCGAGUGGAGGAGCCUCAAGGGUGAGCAGAGUCCCCAAAAUCCUCCUCCCCAUUUGGGAUUGCAGGAGCAUCCCAGGAUGCUCAUGGGGCAGGGGGUUCCCAUUGGGAAGGCAUGGGCAGAUUUACAUGAGCAAGGAACAGAAAUUAUUUCCCUUCCACCUGCCAUGCUUCCCUUUGGAAAACCCCUCGUCCCUGUAGCGGAGGGAGCUUUAAAGGUGAGAUGAGAGGUUUUAAAACAAGGCUGGAGGUUUGGGAGUUAGGCAGGUGCUGGAACUGAUCCACAGGGAUUGGAAGGGAGUGGGAGCUCUCAUUGGGAUAACACUGUGUCCAGGGAAUUUGUCUCAGGCUGCUCUGGCUCUUGUCUUGCUUUGGAUGCAGCUGGAAAACCCAAACUCUUGCGCCUGGCCGCACGUUUAUGGGGCUGGGUUUUACGGCAGGGGAUGGCGGGGGCAGCAAGCCCAAGGUGACUUUGGGGAAACCCAAGGUGGGGACAAUCCCCUGCAGCCACUGCUGGGACGUGGCAUGUCCCCUUGUCCUGCUGCCUCCCGUUGCCCAGCACAGUGGGAUUUUGGAGCCCAGGGAGUUAAUCCUGUCAGGUGACUCCGAUUAAUUUUUCUCUAGCUGUUUGUUUUGCAAGGGACUGUGCUCCCCCCCCAUGCUUGUCCAACCCUCCCAAGGGUUUUUUAAUCCCGUGUUGUGUGGCAGCCAGGUAAAGGGACAAUGCCAACAAACCUGCUCUAUCCCAGCAUCUCCAGGUUUGCACGGCCUCCAUGCUGAUUUUUAAGUUUGGGGGUGGGGUUUUUUUUUGAGAAACUGGUGCAGCGGAGGAGUUUUUAAUCAGCAUGUGGGGGUGGCUUUGUGCUGAAACUGGCUGCCUCCCCUCGAGGGAGGGGAAAGAAGAGCAUCAGGAACUUUGACAGCUUUCCUUGAGCAUCUCUCUCUUCUCCCGCAGGUCAUCUCUGCUCUUGCCGCUCCUCCCGCUGCCCCUGGCGUUAGCCGCUUCCCCAGUCCUGCGGCAGAAAGGGGGUUAGAGCCUACGGCACCACCAUGAAUGAAGUGUCAGUCGUGAAGGAGGGCUGGCUGCACAAGAGAGGGGAAUACAUCAAAACGUGGCGACCCCGGUAUUUCCUGCUGAAAAGUGAUGGCUCCUUCAUUGGCUACAAGGAACGGCCAGAGACAUCCGACCACAGCUUACCGCCUCUGAAUAACUUCUCUGUGGCAGAGUGCCAGCUGAUGAAGACUGAGCGGCCUCGGCCCAACACCUUUGUCAUCCGAUGCUUGCAGUGGACGACAGUCAUUGAGAGGACUUUCCAUGUGGACUCUCCUGAAGAGCGUGAGGAGUGGAUGCGAGCUAUCCAGACAGUAGCAAACAGCUUGAAGAACCAGGAACCAGAGACGGACACAAUGGAUUACAAGUGCGGAUCUCCUAAUGACAGCACCGGUGCUGAGGAGAUGGAGGUGGCUGUCAGCAAAACCCGCACCAAGGCUACCAUGAAUGAUUUUGAUUACCUGAAGCUCCUGGGAAAGGGUACUUUUGGCAAAGUCAUCUUGGUGCGGGAAAAGGCCACUGGCCGCUAUUACGCCAUGAAGAUCCUACGGAAAGAGGUCAUCAUUGCAAAAGAUGAGGUGGCACACACUGUUACAGAGAGCCGGGUACUGCAGAACACCAGGCACCCCUUCCUUACUGCGCUGAAAUAUGCCUUUCAGACAAACGACCGGCUGUGCUUUGUCAUGGAGUAUGCCAACGGUGGAGAGCUGUUUUUCCACCUCUCAAGAGAACGCGUCUUCACAGAAGACCGAGCCCGUUUCUACGGUGCAGAAAUAGUCUCUGCACUGGAGUACCUGCACUCCCGGGACGUGGUGUACAGGGACAUUAAGCUGGAAAACCUCAUGCUGGACAAAGAUGGCCACAUCAAAAUCACUGACUUUGGGCUCUGCAAGGAAGGCAUCACGGAUGGAGCCACCAUGAAGACUUUCUGUGGCACUCCCGAGUACCUGGCUCCGGAGGUUCUGGAGGACAACGAUUACGGCCGCGCCGUGGACUGGUGGGGUCUGGGCGUCGUCAUGUAUGAGAUGAUGUGCGGUCGCCUCCCCUUCUACAACCAGGACCACGAACGUCUCUUUGAGCUGAUCCUCAUGGAGGAGAUUCGCUUCCCUCGUACCCUCAGCCCUGAGGCCAAAUCCUUGCUGGCUGGGCUGCUCAAGAAGGAUCCCAAACAGAGGCUCGGCGGAGGUCCCAGCGAUGCCAAGGAGGUGAUGGAGCAUCGCUUCUUCGCCCCCAUCAACUGGCAGGACGUGGUUCAGAAGAAGCUGGUCCCGCCAUUCAAGCCCCAAGUGACGUCUGAGAUCGACACACGGUAUUUCGAUGAUGAGUUCACCGCCCAAUCCAUCACCAUCACCCCACCGGAUCGCUAUGACAACAUGGGCUCCCUGGAGAAUGACCAGCGGACGCACUUCCCCCAGUUCUCCUACUCCGCCAGCAUACGGGAGUAACCGGUAGCAGUGGGAUUCAGCCUCCGAGGAGGAGGGUUUGGGGGUUCACUCACGGCGGGGGGGAUUUUUCUUCCGUGCCUGGCAGAAGGGGGGCGGGAAGCUGUGGCUCGCCAGCGUUGUGCCGCAGCACCUUUCAGAAGCCAUACCCCUACAAAGUGCUCUUGCUCCAUGGCUCCCACUGGCACCAAGCCGUGCCUCCUGCCCCUAGCCUAGGACUGCUUUGAUUUUUAUUAUUAUUUUUAUUUUUUAAACUCCUAGAAGUGCUCGCAGCUUUUUAAACCAACCCCCAUUUCCCCACAACUGUGGCCUUGACCCCCCCUGAAGCUCAGCCAGCCCUCCACCAAGUAAAACCCAUGGCUCCCGGAUGGGGAGAAGCCAUUUUGACAGCAGUAGGGAGGGGAAAACUCCCCCCCAUGGCCAGGAUCCAAUGCUGGCUGCCUGGAGGAGGGGGAAACAAUAGGGCAGGACCCGCCCCGAGACUGUGGGGUGCAUGUCUUAGCCCCUCAAAUCCUCCCACCUCUGCUUUGAACUGAACCUGCAGUGACCGAAAACCAACAGUAUCCCUGGAUCGGCGCCUUGGCAGAGGGGAGUACCUCGACCCUGCGGCCGGCCAGCGUGGCCCUAAGGAAAAUGUGAUCCUAAAAGCAAUAGUUUGGCUUCUCCAGUGCCUUAAAGCCAGGAGCUGCAGUGAUGCCAGGCUCAGUGACACCUGCCACAUCCUCCAGCAUCCUCAGUGGAUGAUGGUGUAGCAGAGGGACAUGGCUUUUUGCCACUGCACCAGCAGCUUGGCAACCCUGGCUGCCAGUGUUGGGACUGGGUUUAUUCUGGCAUGCACCACUGAUCCACACCCGACAGAUGCUCCGUGGAUGCCUUUCUGAGAAGGCCACUGUCACCAGGGCUGUUGGCUCCAGACCCUGCCGGCAUGGCACAACGCCGGUGGGACCCGGCGGUUGGGGAGCAUCACCUUUACCACAAUGCCCGCACCAACAAGCCAGGCCAGUGACAAGCUGGACUUGCCACCCGGCGGCUCCUGGCACAGCUGACACCAGGGCCACAGUUUGGAGGUAGGAAUUUGGUGCCUGGUACCGCUUCCCCGCAGGGAGGAACUGAGAAAACUUGCUGUUUCUUUCUUGGUUCCUAGUUGCCCGAAUUCAGUUGAAUUAAUUUAAAAAUACUGGAGCUGGGCGGGGGGAUGAGACCCCCCUCAACAAGGUGGCAGUGGCCCGGCAUCCCGGGCACAGCAGCCAGCUGGCAGCUCUCACCUGCCCUCAUAUUUGUACGGUACAAGCAA